CCUGGGCCCGGGAACCGGCGCCGAGCCGUGGACGCGCUACAGCGACAAGGGGACCCAAGGGGUAGGCCGCCGCAAAGGUCCCUAGGACCCCCGCGCCAGCUCACGCUGCUAACGGCAGCUGUAGAGAUUCUGCGUGAGGUUCGGGCUCCUGGACUUCGCCUUUCCGGAGCCGUGGAGGUGGGGAGGAAGGGCGAGCAGUUCAUGCCUGCAGCGCAUAGCCCCAAACCCGCGCUUUUAGAAAUCGAAAAAGCCAGGCCCGGCGCGGUGGCUCACGCCUGUAAUUCCAGCACUUUGGGAGGCGGAGGUGGGAGGAUCACGAGAUCAGGAGUUCGAGACCUGCCUGUCCAACAUAGUGAAACCCCGUCUCUACUGAAAACACAAAAAUCAGCCAGGUGUGGUGGUGGGCGCCUGUAGUCCCAGCUACUCGGGAGACUGAGAAAGGAGAAUCGCUUGAAUCUGGGAGGCGGAGGUUGUGGUGAGCCGAGACCAUGCCAUUGCACUCCAACUUGGGUGACAGAGUGAGACUGUGUCUCAAAAAAAAAAAAAAAAACAAAAAAAGGAAAAAGCCGGCCAGGUGUGGUGGCUCACGCCUGUAAUCCCAGCACUUUGGGAGGCUGAGAUGGGCGGAUCACCUGGGGUCGGGAGUUCGAGACCAGCCUGACCAACAUGGAGAAACCCCAUCUCUACUAAGAAUUAAAAAAAAAAAAAAAAAAAAAAAUUAGCCGGGUGUGGUGGCGCAUGCCUGUAAUACCAGCUCUUUGGGAGGCUGAGGCAGGAGAAUCGCUUGAACCUGGGAGGUGGAGGUUGCAGUGAACCGAGAUCACACCAUUGCACUCCAGCCUGGGCAACAAGAGCGAAACUCCGUCUAAAAAAAAAAAAAGAAAAAGCCAUGGGUCAGGAGCUAGAACCCUCUGCUCUAGUCUUAGCUGUGCCAGUGUGACUCCCUGUGUGAUUUGGGGGGUAAAUUACUGCCCCUCACUGGGUCUCUGUCUACACACCUGCAAAAUGAGAGGGUCUUUGGAUGAGUCUCCUUAAUUCAUUUCCUGGACAGACUUCCUCCAAGGCUUCCCCAGAUUCACCAGCGAUGCCCCUCCCUAAGUAUCAACUUGGCUGUACUUUGAACUCUGGCCCCUCAGGUUUCAAGGGGACAGCCUUGUCUGGGAUCAGCUCUGUCUGGGGAAAGAAGCUGCACCAGCCUCUGGAUAGCAGGCUGAGUCAUUUGUUUCUUGUGCCUUGAGUCAGUUCUCUCAUCGGCUCUCCUCCUAGGCCAGUGUUAUUACCUCCAGUAAAGAUGGAAAAGUUGGGGUUCAGAGAGGGCUAAAGACAGACAGCCUGCUCUGUCCUGUCUUUUCUCCUGUGCUGUACAGGUUCACCAAUUUUUAAAAUCCAAAUAUAUUUCAUGGUACAGUGGAAGAACUGGCCAGAGAGUCUGGAAGUUUGGGUUCUGGUCCUGGCUGUGCCACUGACCCACUGUGACCUUAGGAACUUGUGCUGUGAAGACAUUUCCCAAGUGCUUCAUGUUAGCCAGCAAAUCUGACCCACAAGGCCUGGAAAGAGGUGAUUGUUAGGUUGUGCAGAGGUGGUCUUAUCCAGCUCAGCGUCCCCCUGGGACCCACUGUGGGACCCGAGGCAGAACUGGGGUGGACUUGGCCUCCUCCAUGGCACACCGGCUGCAGAUACGACUGCUGACGUGGGAUGUGAAGGACACGCUGCUCAGGCUCCGCCACCCCUUAGGGGAGGAAUAUGCCACCAAGGCCCGGGCCCAUGGGCUGGAGGUGGAGCCCUCAGCCCUGGAACAAGGCUUCAGACAGGCGUACAGGGCCCAGAGCCACAGCUUCCCCAACUACGGUCUGAGCCAUGGCCUCACCUCCCGCCAGUGGUGGCUGGACGUGGUCCUGCAGACCUUCCACCUGGCAGGUGUCCAGGAUGCUCAGGCUGUAGCCCCCAUCGCUGAACAGCUGUAUGACGACUUCAGCCGCCCCUGCACCUGGCAGGUGUUAGAUGGGGCUGAGGACACCCUGAGGGAGUGCCGCUCACGGGGUCUGAGGUUGGCAGUGAUCUCCAACUUUGACCAACGGCUAGAGGGCAUCCUGGGGGGCCUUGGCCUGCGUGAACACUUCGACUUUGUGCUGACCUCUGAGGCUGCUGGCUGGCCCAAGCCAGACCCCCGCAUUUUCCAGGAGGCCUUGCGGCUUGCUCAUAUGGAACCGGUAGUGACAGCCCAUGUUGGGGAUAAUUACCUCUGCGAUUACCAGGGGCCUCGGGCUGUGGGCAUGCACAGCUUCCUGGUGGUUGACCCACAGGCACUGGACCCCGUAGUCAGGGAUUCUGUACCUAAAGAACACAUCCUCCCCUCUCUGGCCCAUCUCCUGCCUGCCCUUGACUGCCUAGAGGGCUCAAGCCCAGGACUUUGAGGCCAGUGAGGGAAGUGGCUGGGCCCUAGGCCAUGGAGAAAACCCUAAACAAACCCUGGAGGAGCCUCUCUUUCUCCACAGCUCUGGACUUUUCCCCUCUGCCUGCGGCCUUUGUCACCUCUUCUGAUAAUAAAGCAGUGAGUGCUGAGCUCUCAGCCUUGCCCCACUAACCAG